GAGAUGAUAAUUUAGUAAGUUUUUAUUUUGUCCCCCGGAUGAAUUGAGCCGACGAAUAAAUUGAUUUGCGUCCAACAUUGACGAUGCUUGUUAGUGGCCUCUAAACAAUAAAAUAAUCAAAGACAUUCGCGCAAAUCAUGGCAUUGCAAGCCAGCUUCCACGCGUGCACUCGACUUCACGUGGCAAAAUGUUCGGGUGAUCGAGAAGAGAGUUUGAAAGCGCGGUCCCCGGCGGAGGAAUUUGCACCGUUAGCGAUGACAUUCCAGCGGCGGCUCCUCGUGGGCGUUGGGUCGGCUUCACUCGUGGCCGUAGGCGCCAACUUCGGCGGAAUUACCAGUUUUCUUCUGGGGUUAUCGCCGGAGAUUGGCCGGAACCUUAAGCUCGACGUCGUUUAUCCCAUCGACGGCUACAAUCGCUGCAUUGACACAAACGAAGGAUUCGAAUUCAUAUACCCAGCAAACUGGGUGGGAGAUCAGACGCUACUAUACCGAGCAGCCAAGAAAAAAGAAUUGGAACGAUCAUUGGAUCCGCCUCCCCUCAAUGGUCGGCGCCGUCCUAAUAUCAGUGAACCGGUUGUCGCAUUCGGUCCUCCCGGUUCAACCGGCGAACUCAAUGUCAGUGUCAUUGUGUCGCCGGUGCCUCAAGACUUCUCGAUCGAAGCAUUUGGAGGGCCAGAGGAGGUGGGUGAAGCUGUGAUUCGGAGCAUAACGGAAUCGACGCAACGCCCAGACGUAAAGGGAAGUUUGAUAAAAGCAAGCGUGAGAGAGGAUUUUCCGAGGAAAGCAAAGUACUACGAACUGGAGUUUGGAGUGGCGAGUCCUUCGUUUCGGCGGCACAACGUAGCUGUAUGUUGCGCUGCUGCUGGGAGGCUCUUCACUCUAAAUGCUCAGGCACCUGAAUCGGUCUGGCCGGCUUUGCAAUCAAGUUUCUAUCGCAUUGCUCACUCAUUCACCCUCACGGCUUAGGGCUCCAAUCACACAUAUGCUAUAAUUUAUCCACAAAGUGAAUUUAACACUAUUAUCUCAUGAAAUUGGAAAUUUGCAUUACAAUCUA